UUCCUGGCUGGAGAACCAAUUCCGGCCGCGCCGGAAAUGCCCACUGAAGAAAGAAUGGAAGGUACCCGCCGCCUGGAGGUCCAGGCAGGUCUAGUGUUUCGCGGACUCGGAAGGAAAAUUGGGCGGAGAUCCCUCCGCUAACUGCCAAGUUCCCGGGGGAGCGGGAAACGAGAGUCCGGACAUGGACAGCCGCCUGCAAGAAAUCCGGGAGCGGCAGAAGCUACGGCGACAGCUCCUCGCCCAGCAGCUGGGAGCUGAAAGUGCCGACAGCAUUGGUGCCGUGUUAAAUAGCAAAGAGGAGCAGAGAGAGAUUGCUGAAACCAGGGAGACUUGCAGGGCUUCCUAUGAUACCUCUGCUCCAAAUGCGAAACGUAAGUCUCAGGAUGAAGGAGAGACAGAUGAGGACAAAAUGGAAGAAUAUAAGGAUGAGCCUGAGAUGCAACAGGAGGAGGAGAACCUGCCGUAUGAGGAAGAGAUUUACAAAGACUCCAGUACGUUCCUCAAGGGAACACAGAGUUUAAAUCCCCAUAAUGAUUACUGCCAGCAUUUUGUAGACACUGGACAUAGACCUCAGAAUUUCAUCAGGGAUGUAGGCCUGGCGGACAGGUUUGAAGAGUACCCCAAGCUGCGGGAGCUCAUCCGGCUGAAGGACGAGCUGAUCGCCAAGUCGAACACUCCGCCCAUGUACUUACAAGCAGACAUCGAAGCCUUUGACAUCAGAGAGCUCACCCCCAAAUUCGAUGUGAUUCUUCUGGAACCCCCUCUGGAAGAGUAUUACAGAGAGACCGGCAUCACUGCCAACGAGAAGUGCUGGACUUGGGACGAUAUUAUGAAGUUAGAAAUCGAUGAGAUUGCGGCACCGCGGUCGUUUAUUUUCCUCUGGUGUGGCUCCGGGGAAGGGCUGGACCUUGGCAGAGUGUGUUUACGCAAGUGGGGCUACAGAAGAUGUGAAGAUAUUUGUUGGAUUAAAACCAAUAAAAACAACCCUGGGAAGACGAAGACUUUAGAUCCAAAGGCUGUCUUCCAGAGAACAAAGGAACACUGCCUCAUGGGGAUCAAAGGCACUGUGAAGCGCAGCACAGACGGGGACUUCAUUCACGCCAACGUCGACAUCGACUUGAUCAUCACGGAGGAGCCUGAGAUUGGGAACAUAGAAAAGCCCGUAGAAAUUUUCCACAUCAUUGAACACUUCUGUCUGGGUAGAAGACGCCUUCACCUGUUUGGAAGAGAUAGUACGAUCCGACCAGGCUGGCUCACGGUGGGACCCACGCUGACCAACAGCAACUACAACGCGGAGACCUACGCGUCCUACUUCAGCGCCCCCAACUCCUACCUGACGGGCUGCACCGAGGAGAUCGAGAGGCUGCGGCCCAAGUCGCCCCCACCCAAGUCCAAGUCCGACCGGGGCGGGGGUGCUCCCAGGGGUGGGGGGCGAGGAGGAACCGCGGCGGGCCGCGGACGCGAGCGGAACCGGUCCAACUUCCGCGGAGAGCGAGGCGGCUUCCGGGGGGGCCGCGGAGGUGCACACCGUGGCGGCUUUCCACCCCGGUAACCUGGCCGGUUCCUCCAGGCCCUUUGUCUCCCUCGCCGUGGCCCCUCCAGGCCCGGCCUCCCUCGCUGUGCUCCCUCCAGCCCCGGCCUCCCUCUCUGUGCUCCCUCCAGGCCCGGCCUCCCUCGCUGUGGCCCCUCCAGCCCCGGCCUCCCUCUCUGUGCUCAAUCCAGGCCCUUUGUCUCCCUCGCCGUGGCCCCUCCAGGCCUGGCCUCCCUCGCUGUGGCGGGGGCCUCUCUGGGGGCUGCUCUGAGCAGCGCAGCUCACUCCCUGUGGCCACCACACACUGUCUAGUUCUGCAGGCGCCGCCUCCCCACCUCGGUCCAGUCAUGGACCCCCAUGAUGAGCAGCACAGCGCCUUCCCGUCCCAGGCGUGGGCCUGGGGGACCGGCCUCUGCGUGUGGAAGUGGAAAUGGAAACGAGGGUGAAUGGAGGCGCCGUGGGCGCUGUCCGCAGCCUCCGCAGCAAGCAGUGGCAGGGUAAGCUUGGUGACACAAUAGACAUUUUUCUUUUUUAAAAAAACCUUAGACUCAGAUAUAAUUCAACUGCAGAAGAAAUUGGAAGACUUUGAACAAAAUCACCUCCCAAAACGAAAUUUGCUCCCGGCGGAGGAGCUCCCAGAGGCGCAGAGGGAACUGCAGGCAGACAGCCCGCAGCCCUCAUGGCGAGCUCGGCCGCCGCCGCAGGACUCGGCUCCCUGGCGCAGACAGGCCCGGCUGGCGCGGUGGACGGGCCGAUGGACUCCGCAGCUGCCCAGCACCGGAGAGAAAGAGGCAGCGAGCCCCUGGCCCCUGCGCCCGCUCAGACAUCCGGGAGGAGGCUGCCCUCCUGCGGAGGACAUGGCACCUUGCAAACUUCUUGUGGAGGAAGCAACUGAAACCCAUCGACUGGAGUCAGGAAGGAGCGCGCUGCUCUGGCUGCGCUGGGGUGCUCCCAGGGCCUGGCUGCUUUAAAUGAACUUCGUGAAUGAAAUGCUGUUGUUCUUGAUCAGUGUCUUUUAUUUUGUGUAGGAUUUUUUAAUAAAAGCUGAAACCUC